UACGGGCGCCCUUUGGCAGGCUGCCCGGCACUGGGCAAGCAAAGAAGGGAACCCAUCCGCGGCCGCCGCUCCCCCCGGGGCUGGGCCAGGCAUCCCUGAGCGUGACGUCAGCCCUUCCCCAUUGGCCCUCCGCAGCAGCACAUGGCCGGGACAUCGGUAUAAAGGCGUCCCCCUCUCGGCAACCUUUCCCAGCGUCUUUCUUUAGUCCCACCGUAAGAACUUUGCGAGUCCAGCGCGAUGGCGAACCUCGAAGUCUUCCUAGGCAAAUGGAGUUUGCUGUCGAGUGACAACUUUGACGACUAUAUGAAAGAACUGGGUGUGAACUUGGCCAUGAGGAAGAUGGGCAGUAUGGCCAAGCCAGAUGUUACCUUCAGCAUGGACGGAGAUACAGUGAAAGUGAAAACAGAAAGUACUUUCAAAUCAUCAGAAUUCUGUUUCAAACUGAAUGAGAAAUUCAAUGAUAAUACAAUAGAUGGCCGAAAAACAGAGACCCUUAUAACACUAGGUGAUGAUAACGUGUUGAUCGAGGUCCAAAAAUGGGACGGCAAAGAGACCACGAUAACAAGGAAGGUGGUAGAUGGGAAGAUGAUUGUGGAAUGUGUCAUGAACAAUGUCAGAUGUACUCGGGUAUACAAGAAAGCAUGAAGACCCUGGUUCCUUGUUUAUGCUGGGAGUUCAGUGAUGGACAGCUCAGUUCCGGGCAUAAAGCUAGUCAACACUCCAUAUUGUUUCUCACCUUUGUCUCCCCACUCCCUUGUUUUUUAGCAUCUUGGAAGAACCAGUACUGUAUACAAAUCUGUUAUG